CACACACCACCCUUUCUGAAACGACUUUUCUUCUCUUGACAAAGACCAAAAACACUUUGGAACAAACAAAUACUAACAAACAUCCUCAACAAUUUCAUUCCCACUACAAUUCUUCAGAUUCCGCCAUGGAUGAUGACAGUGAUCGGAGCUCUGAAGCAACUCAAUUGGAAAAUUUGACAACUGCCGGAAAAAGGCACGCUCACCACCACGCUGCUAAAGAUUCCGGCACCGUAAAUGAGGAUGUAUACGAUGAUGAUGACGACGACGAUGAUGCCACUGAUGAUCAGAGAGAGGUUAGUGAAUUAGAGAGUUCGCCUAUGGAAAUCGUCGCAUAUUCUAGAACUUGCCAAUCUGAAACCCUAGUCUCUGGCUUGGCGGAGGUACCGAUACAAUAUGAGAUGCGACAGGAUGAGUUGGAGCACUUGAAGAAUCAACUUCAAGGGAGUCACCAAGAAGCCUUAGCAAUUGUUAUAGCUCAGGCUGCUCAAGCUCAUGCAGGGAGUAAGAUUCAGUUACCUGGGAUUCUAUCUUCAUCCUCAGAAUUAUCACCACCUUCUGUUGCACCAAAUUCAAAUCUUCCGAGAUUAAAUUCACAAGUAGAAAUGCUCUCACCAGCAGGGAAUGCUGUUAGCAUUCGUGUGGCAGAAGCAGACCAGAAGAUUACUUCUGAUUCCAAAAUUGUAUCUACAUCACGUACUGUCAAGACACCUAUUGACGGGUACAACUGGAGAAAAUAUGGUCAGAAACAAGUGAAGAGUCCUCAAGGGUCUCGAAGCUAUUAUAAGUGCACAUACACUGAAUGUGAGGCUAAAAAGAUCGAGUCCUGUGAUCAAUAUAAUUCUGUCACAAAAAUAGUUUAUAAAGGUCAGCACAAACAUGAUCCACCUAAGAAAGUGUUUACCAGGAGAGGCAAGAUUUUAUCUGCUUCUUCUAGAGCACAAGAACGUAAAAUGAUCUCUACAUCUGGAUCCAAGCAAAAUAAAUCAAGUGGCUCUGUCAGUAAUGGUCCGAUUUUAGUCGAGGAGAUGGAUGCACCACCGCCAAAACGAAGAGUAAAGAAAAGUAGCUCGACAAGUCCUGGUUCUGUUCUGAAACCUCCGAAAAAGCCCAAAUUUGUUGUACAUGCAGCCAGUGAUGUUGGAAUCUCAGCAGAUGGUUAUAGAUGGAGGAAGUAUGGACAAAAGAUGGUGAAGGGAAAUCCUCAUCCCAGGAACUAUUACAAGUGCACUUCAGCCGGAUGUCCGGUUCGGAAACACAUUGAGAUGGCGGUUGAUGGUUCGUCGGAGGUAAUACUAACGUACAAGGGAGUACAUGAUCACGACAUGCCAAUACGCACAAAAGACCAAGGAUCACCUAGCGGUCUUCUUCUCACAGCCGUCUCUUCAACUUCCAAAAACAGUUCACAAUCAAAGAAAGGCGAAACCUCACCAGUUUCUACAACCGAACCACCAAUUGGUGAAACCGAGAAGACCACCGAUGAGUCAAGUCGAACCCUGGCUAGUUUCAAGACCAUACCCUGCUGAAACCUCAUGUGUUCCUAUGCAAAAAAGAUAAGUGGUUCCUUGCUUUCACAAGUUAACUUUAGUUACUACUGGUUUAUUUAAGACAUUACCUUCUCUAAUUAAAUAAAUCCCGAGGUAGAUUUAGUGGGUUUUGUUUGAUUAAUUUAGGGUUUAAAUUGUAGUUUAUAACUUUUAUAAGUAGACAAAUCCGCUCGUGUCGUAUAGUGUACACUUAAUUUGGAACACGUCCGAAGUCUUUUUAAGUGGAAUUACCGAGCUUAGAGAUGCAUUAAAUC